AUGAUCAUCUUAAUCCUAAACAUAUUUUUUAAGACUGUUCUGGUUUCAGGUGCCUCAUUCAGUCAAGUCCACCAGACUCCAGCUGAGGUGUACAAAAGUCCAGGAGAGACAGCAGAACUCAGAUGUGUCCACAGUAUCCCCAACUACAAUCAGAUCCUCUGGUACAAGCGAUCAAAGACUGGACAGUUACAACUGCUGGGAUACAUGUUAGCAAGCGCGGCAUUUCCUGAGGCCGGAGUGUCUGUGAAGAUGAAUGGGAGCGCAGAUACAAACGAAAUCAGCACAUUAAGAACUGAGCAACUCAGCCCCAUCGGCAGUGCAGUGUACUUCUGUCUUGUACGCCGUGUUAAUUAUGAAGCCUACUUUGGCCAGGGCACAAAACUGACUGUUCUUGAUCCAAAUAUUACUAUUACCCCGCCAACAGUGAAAGUGCUUAAGCCUUCAAAAAAUGAGUGUCAAAACGAAGAAAAGAAAGGGGAAAAAAAGAAGACCCUAGUGUGUGUGGCUACUGGUUUCUACCCGGACCAUGUGAGUGUGUUUUGGAAGAUCGACGGGGACGAUGUCACACACGGCGUGGCGACCGACAACGCUGCCGUGCAGGUUGGGAAAUAUUACAGGAUCACCAGCAGGUUGAGGGUCCCGCUCAGAAAGUGGUUCACAGAAGGCAUGGUCUUCAAGUGCACUGUCAGCUUCUUCAAUGGGAAUGAAACUGUGCAUCGUUCAGGUUGGAUCAGUGGCAUUGAAGGACCUGGAGCUAGCACCAUAAGAGGGAAAUAUCUGAGGAUCACGCAGAAUGCCAAAGUGACCUACGUUGUUCUGAUCUUCAAGAGUGUCAUCUAUGGAGUCUUUGUGGUGUUUUUGGUGUUGUGGCUUCAGGGCUCAUCUGGAAAACAGAACAACUGAGAGUUGAGCGGAACAAACAAGAUCAUUUCUGUUAAUACAUUUAAAAAGAUCUAUAUGUAUGUUGCAGUGCAUUUGCUUUCAGUGCUCAACCAGCCAAUCCCAUCAAGUAACUUACUGAUAUCCAGAGGUGAUGAAAUGACGCUGUCUGUUUGUGUAAAUGCUUGUGAGCUGCUUUAUGCUGAGUUUUCUUCUCAAUAAAAGUUUUUCAGAGGA